AUUCUUAAACUCAAAGCUAAAGGUGUUCCCAUUAGGAUUUCGAACCAUUAUCCCGAAGAGAUGAAAGAGAAGCGCAAGCGACUCUAUGAUCUACAGAACAGCUACAACGAGAAGAAUAUUCCUACAACGAUCAAAGGUGACAAACUGGUCUUCAACAACAAUGGAUCAGUGUACCGUGAAAAAAUAGCCCGACCGAAAGCAUGCGACAUUCUUGAAGAUCCCAGCGACAAAAACCUGUCCGAAAUCCAUCAAGGUAAACAGAUCGAGGACAAUGAGAAUCGUUUUACAUCGCGUACCACUAAGGUAUCAUCUGUAAAGCAGGUAAAUCAAUCCCUUAGAGAUAUUUUCAGGAUUCCCAAAGUUUUAAGUGCAACGCACAAUAUAUAUGCAUACAUAUUCACAAACGCAGACGGAGUGGUGCACGAAGGAAGUGAUGAUGACGGAGAACACGGCGCUGGCCGAGCCUUACUGCAAGAAUUGAAGGGCCAAAAUGUUUCAAAUUGUGUAGUAGUGGUUUCUCGUUGGUUUAGUGGUAAAAUCGGUGCCCGUCGAUUUCGACAUUUUCUUGAGGUGGGAAUGAGCGCAGUAUCCAGCGUAAAAUAAUCGCUUAGCUCCUGUUUGAUCAAUCACUCUUGUUGAAAUGCAUAGUUAUACGCAUAUCGACUGUUCUAACUUGAUAAAACAUUUGCUUUGUACCGAGUACAUUAUUUAGUACAGUAUAGUAUAUACAGAUACAUAUUCUCUGAUUUAUACAUAUACAUGCAAU